AUGGAUUACUCCAACCUCGCCGUCGCCGCCGCCGCCGUCGUUCUAGUGAUCUGGCUAUGGCGCUGCCGAAGUACUCCGUCGUUGAACCGGCCGGACACCAGAGGGAACCACCGCCGGCAGGCGAACCCGAUCCUCGGUAACCUCGUCGCCUUCCUUGCCAACGGCCAUCGCUUCCUCGACUGGUCCACGGGCCUCCUCGCCGCGGCGCCGGCCUCGACCAUGCAGGUGCAAGGCCCGCUCGGCGGCCUCGGCAGCUACUGCGGCGUCGCGACCGCCGACCCGGACGUCGUCGAACACAUGCUGUGCGCCAACUUCCACAGCUACGUCAAGGGGGAGCGCAUCCGCACGGCCUUCGCCGACCUCCUCGGCGACGGCCUCUUCCUCGCCAACGGCCGCCUGUGGAGCCUGCAGCGGAAGCUUGCCUCCUACUCCUUCUCGCCACGCUUGCUCCGACACUUUGCUGGCCGUGUCCUCCUGGACCAGCUGCGCCGCCGUCUCCUGCCGUUCCUUGCCGCCGCCGCUGACGAAGGACGUGUUUUAGAUCUUCAGGAUGUGCUCAGGCGCUUCACCUUCGACAACCUCUGCAGCGUCGCGUUCGGCGUCGACGACGGCUCGCCGUCGUCGUCGUCGUCGAGGCUGGAAGCGGGCGGUGAUAGCCGGAAUGACGCCUUCUUCGCCGCGUUCGAUGACGCCGUCGAUAUCUCCUUCGGCCGCAUAUUGCGCCCGACGAUGGUGUGGAAGGCGAUGAAGCUCCUCGACGUUGGCAGCGAGCGGCGGCUCCGUCGGGCGAUUGGUGUUGUUAACGAGUACGUGACGACGAUCAUGGAGUCGAAGCUACGGCGCGGGGAAGCUAGCGAGGAGUCGGACUUGCUGUCACGCUUCACAGCGGCAAUGGAGGAAGACGACGGCAACGAGCUCGGCGCGAUGUUCGAUUCGCCGGCGGCGAAACGCCGGUUCCUACGCGACGUCGUCAAGACCUUCGUCCUCGCCGGGAAGGACACCACCUCCUCGGCCCUCACAUGGCUAUUCUGGUUUCUGGCCGCCAACCCGGAGUGCGAGCGGCGCGUCUACGAGGAGGUCACAGCUCUGCGUGGCGCGAACGAAUGCAACGACGACGACGACGACGACGCUGCCGGUGACGAGAGCGAAAGGUACGAGGAGCUGAAACAAAUGCACUACCUGCACGCGGCGAUCACCGAGACGAUGCGGCUGUACCCGCCGGUGCCCAUGGCCUCGCGGGUGGCGGCCUCGAACGACGUGCUCCCCGACGGCACGGUGGUUCGCGCCGGGUGGUUCGCCGACUACUCGUCGUACGCGAUGGGGAGGAUGCCGCGGCUGUGGGGGCAGGACUGCCUCGAGUUCCGCCCGGAGCGGUGGCUCGACGACGGGGGCCAGUUCGUGGCGGCGGACGCGGCGCGGUACCCGGUGUUCCACGCUGGGCCGCGCUCGUGCCUCGGGAAGGAGAUGUCCUACGUGCAGAUGAAGGUCGUCGCGGCCGCCGUGGUCCGGAGGUUCGCCGUUGGGGUGGUGCCUGCCGCGGCGGCGACUGCGGCGCCGGAGCACGAGAUGGCGGUGACGCUGAGGAUGAAGGGUGGGCUCCAUGUUCUGCUCACGAGGCGCCUCAAGCAUAGCAUGGGCCAUCAGCUGGGCUGUCUACGAUGAGUGUCCAUACGGUCCAUUUUAUUAUAUAAUUUACAUUUUUUUCUUGAAAACUGUGUAUAAGUUAUUUUAAUA